UCCUGACGCAGUAAAGCCUCACAAAAAUGGCGGGAGAAGCUUCGAACUCGGAUCCACAUCCACGGCCUAGCGAUUCCGACGCUGGUAAUUCCGGAAAUCCACCAUCCACACCCGAUUCGCCCACCUCUGCUGGUUUCAACACCGAUCAACUCCCUCCCAGCCGCACUUCCGAGAACUACUCCGACGAAGAUGAGGCCGCCGUCGAUCCCCACAUCAUCAGAGACGAACCAGAAGAUGUGGAGGACGAGGGGGAAGGCGAGGAUCUUUACAACGACAAUUUCAUGGACGAUUAUCGGAGGAUGGAUGAGCACGACCAGUAUGAAUCGUUGGGACUUGACGAGUCUCUGGAAGAUGAGAGGGAUUUGGAUCAGAUCAUGGAGGAUCGAAGGGCUGCUGAGAUGGAGCUCGACACUAGAGAUACUCGCAUCACUGAGACGAAGCUUCCUCGUCUUCUUCUCGACCAAGAUACUGAUGAUGACAACCAUAGGCCUUCAAAAAGAUCAAGAGCAGAUUUUAGGCCUCCAGCUGCAGCAAGAAGCUAUGAUGAUGCUGAUGCGAUGUUAAGUUCGCCAGGAAGGUCACGAGGACACUCACGAGAGGAUGUUCCCAUGACUGAUCAGACUGAUGAUGAACCAUACGAGGAUGAUGAUGAUGAUGAUGGUGAGUUCGAGAUGUACCGUGUUCAAGGAACGCUAAGGGAAUGGGUUACUAGAGAUGAAGUGCGCCGCUUCAUUGCAAAGAAGUUUAAGGAAUUCGUACUCACCUAUGUGAACCCAAAGAAUGAACAUGGUGAUUUUGAAUAUGUGCGACUGAUAAAUGAGAUGGUCUCAGCUAACAAGUGUAGUUUGGAGAUUGAUUACAAACAGUUCAUCUAUAUCCAUCCCAAUAUUGCUAUCUGGCUGGCUGAUGCCCCUCAAUCUGUCCUUGAGGUCAUGGAAGACGUAGCCAAGAAUGUUGUCUUUGAUUUACAUCCAAACUACAAAAAUAUUCACCAAAAGAUCUACGUCCGCAUCACCAACUUACCGGUUUAUGAUCAGAUACGCAACAUACGGCAGAUUCAUUUGAACACCAUGAUUCGUAUUGGGGGAGUUGUAACCCGACGUUCUGGGGUCUUCCCACAGUUACAGCAGGUAAAGUAUGACUGCAACAAAUGUGGAAUGAUUCUGGGGCCAUUCUUCCAGAAUUCAUAUUCAGAAGUCAAGGUCGGGUCUUGCCCAGAAUGCCAAUCAAAAGGACCAUUCACUGUCAAUAUCGAGCAGACGAUAUACAGGAACUAUCAAAAACUCACUCUCCAGGAGAGCCCAGGUAUCGUGCCAGCAGGUCGUCUUCCUAGAUACAAGGAAGUGAUACUCUUGAACGAUUUGAUUGAUUGUGCCCGCCCGGGGGAAGAGAUUGAGGUCACAGGUAUUUACACGAAUAAUUUUGACCUUUCCCUGAAUACGAAGAAUGGAUUUCCUGUAUUUGCCACUGUAGUCGAGGCAAAUUAUGUCACAAAGAAGCAGGAUCUCUUUUCUGCUUACAAACUUACCCAGGAGGACAAAGAGGAAAUUGAGAAGUUGGCUAAAGAUCCCAGGAUUGGAGAAAGGAUUGUCAAGUCCAUUGCACCAUCAAUCUAUGGCCACGAGGAUAUAAAAACUGCAAUGGCUCUUGCAAUGUUUGGAGGCCAAGAAAAAAAUGUUGAAGGGAAACAUAGGUUGCGAGGAGACAUAAAUGUACUUCUCCUUGGUGAUCCAGGCACUGCCAAAUCACAGUUUUUAAAGUAUGUCGAAAAGACCGGGCAGAGAGCUGUGUAUACCACUGGUAAAGGUGCUUCCGCUGUGGGUCUCACAGCAUCAGUACACAAGGAUCCUGUCACACGCGAAUGGACACUUGAAGGAGGGGCUCUUGUUCUAGCAGAUAAAGGAAUCUGUCUAAUUGAUGAGUUUGACAAGAUGAAUGAUCAAGACAGAGUGAGCAUCCACGAAGCAAUGGAACAGCAGAGUAUUAGCAUAUCAAAGGCUGGGAUUGUCACUUCUCUCCAGGCUCGCUGCUCUGUCAUUGCUGCUGCAAAUCCAAUUGGAGGAAGAUAUGAUUCCUCGAAGACAUUUUCACAAAAUGUUGAAUUGACAGAUCCAAUCGUUUCUCGGUUUGAUGUCCUCUGUGUUGUCAAGGACGUUGUUGACCCAGUCACAGACGAGAUGCUUGCAAAGUUUGUGGUUGAUAGUCAUUUCAAGUCACAACCCAAGGGCACUAAUGUAGAGGAUAAGUCCUUGAGCAAUUCCCAAGAUGAUAUUCAACCAUCUGCCAGGCCUCUUGAUCCUGAGAUACUCUCUCAAGAUUUGCUGAAGAAAUACUUGACUUAUGCUAAGUUGAAUGUCUUCCCAAGGUUGCAUGACGCAGAUCUGAACAAGCUCACACAUGUUUAUGCUGAGCUGCGGAGAGAAUCUUCGCAUGGACAAGGAGUCCCAAUAGCAGUAAGGCAUAUAGAAUCAAUGAUACGGAUGUCUGAAGCACAUGCCAGAAUGCACCUCAGACAGCAUGUUACCCAGGAAGAUGUUGACAUGGCUAUUCGUGUCCUGCUUGAUUCUUUCAUUUCAACACAAAAAUUCGGGGUGCAGAAAGCUCUACAAAAGAGCUUCAAAAAGUACAUGACCUUCAAAAAGGAUUACAAUGAACUACUCCUGUAUCUCCUAAGAGGGCUUGUCAAGGAUGCACUGCACUUUGAAGAGAUUGUAUCUGGGUCAAGUUCAGGACUUCCCCAUAUUGAUGUGAAAGUGGAGGAGUUGCAAAGCAAGGCACAGGAUUAUGAAAUCUAUGAUCUUAAACCAUUCUUUUCAAGCACUCAGUUCUCUAGGGCCCACUUUGAGUUGGAUGCAGAGCGGGGUGUGAUCAGGCAUCGCCUUGCAAGAUGAUGCCAAAAUGUAACUAAAUUAAUGCACGGACAGUGGAGUUUGCAAAGCAAGCAAAGUUAAUGGUCCUAAAUUGUUCUGGUUAUUCAAAUGAAGCAGAGUGGAAUUCGACAUCAACCCAGAUCUCAUCUGUUCUUUAAUGUAUUGAAAUUAAAACAGGAUUUCUAUUAGACAUACAAAUUACAGUGAUUUGAAUGGGGAUGGGAUUAGUACUGAAUGAUGGGUAUUGAAGUGAAUUGUAGGGACUGAACAUUUCCCAUUUGGUUUUAAUAAGUUGUGCAGGUAAGGAUAGAAAAAUCUUUGGUAAAUGGCAAGAAUGCAGUAUAGAUUGGGUGGGUGUUUGCUGCCUAUUUCAUCUGAA